GAGACACCUCAGUGCGUCACUUUCCGUCGACGCUGCCUCGGGAAAGACCCUUUUCGCCGGGUGUAUUUGUCGAGAGAAGCUGUGUGUUUUGUAACAGUAACUACUCGCCAUCUGACCUGUCCUUCAUCUGGCAACAUGACAUACUACAAGUUCAGCGGGUUCAGCCAGAGGUUGACAGGGUCGGCACCGGCCACCGCCUACAGUCCGCAGGGUCUGAGGUCUGGUUUGCCAGCAGAGCCUCCCACCAUGACGUUUGCUACACCCACCAAGAUGGUGUCAGAGUCAGGGGCCAUGGUGGAAUACCUAGGGGUGAACAAGGUGCCAUACUUCCAGAGACUGUUCCAGACGUCAGAUGGCGUUCCAGUCCAUCUGAAGAGAGGUGUCCCUGACAGACUGUUGUACCGCACCACCAUGGCCCUGACAGUAGGAGGAGCACUUUACUGCCUCGUGGCCCUCUACAUCGCUGCACGACCCAGGAAAACGACCUAAACCCAGUCCAGCCCAAUAUCCCCAGCCAAGUUCACCGGGGGUCUGUUCAGAAGGGCCCAACAUUACACCUCACUGAUGACACCCCUGGCUUGGCCCAGGACCCGACACCUAUCAUAUCAUCCACGGCUCGAACACUGAAACUAUACAGAGCAAAUGUGUUGAAAAUGAGGAGGAACAAAAAUAUGAAUGUAAUUAUAUGAGAACGUGUGAUGUCUGUCUGUCACAUUUGUAUAAAAAGAAGUUGAUAAAUGUGAUUAAAAACAGUUAAAUACCCA